GGGGAGCGGGGAGGACCUGAUGGCGGCGGCGGCCCGGAGCUCUCUUCAGAACGAGCUGGGAGGCGGCCCCGGGGCCCGGCGCUGUCGGGCUUGAGGUCGGGACACGCGGAUUCCUGGGCCCAGCCCCGAGGCCCAGUCUAGUCAGCGAGUGGCAGCUCCAACCUAGGGUUCAAGUAAGGGCCUCUCGGGACCGCGUUGGGACAGUUCCUAGAAACGAGUUGGCUAGUUCUUCUUUUUUGUGUGUGUUUAUGCUGAUUCUGUGACUCCUGCCGUAAUGAGUAAAGAAGACACAUCCUCAUUAACUGAUGCUGUAGAGGAAGUCGCAAAACAGCAUCAUUCGCAAACAUCAGAAAUAGAGAAAUACAAAAAACUUCUUCUCCAUUUGCAGAAUGAGCUUCAUGGACUUGAAAAAGAGAGAGCAACUAUUGGUGCGGAAACUAAAGAAACAGAGAGGAAAAUUUAUCAACAAGAUGCUGCCAUAGAGAAUUCUAAACUCCAGUGUAGACUGCUGGAAGCUCAAAUUAAGACCCUGUACACAGAGACUGUAAAGCUUAAAUUUGAUACAGAAACAGCCCAAGAAGAAUUUGAGGAGCAAAUGACAAGACACAAUGCAUAUUAUGAAAAAAUAAAAGCACAUAAAGAUAGCUUAGGGGAGAUAGAAAGCAAAUGGUCAUUUAUGACUGAACUCCAUGAAAAACAAGAUCUCAUAAAAAAACUAAAGAAAAUGAAAGAAGAGCUUACACAUGAUCUCCAAAAUCCACAAGGGAACCACAUAACACAACUACAGGAGGACAUUUCAAAGCUAAAGAAUAAUAUUAUAACUGUAAAAGAAUCUAUUGUUGAAAAAACUUAUUUUCUUGAAGAAGAGAAAAAAACACAUGAAAAGUUACGAAAAGAAAUAGAGGUACAACAUAAGAGAUAUGAUGCAAUUCUUAAGCGUUUACACUGUCAGGUGAACAAGCUUCAGUCAAAUAGACGACAAUGGCAGUGGAACAUCCAGCAACUGGAAAAAACUGUGACUGAACUAAAAAAGUGCAUUGGAAUGAAAAAGUAACAUGUAGGCAGGACAAUGUGGAAUACAGAGCCAACCAACAACACGGUGGGACAGCAUACUGUGAAAAUCCUUUGGACUCUUAACAGCAACCACCCAGAGUAAGAAGCCUGUCUUAAUGACUCCCUGCCUUUUUUUUUCUUUUUCUUCCUUCCUUUCUCUUUCUUUCUCUCUCUUUUUUCUUUCUCUAUAUCUUUCUUGCAUUUUUUUCUGAAUCAGUUAUCCAUUGAUACCUUCCAGUCCUACAGUGGACAGAAUUAAGUAGACAGUAGCAAUGCUUAUGGGAGAAUAUUUAAAUCAAAUGUAUAUUAUACUCAUAAAGGCCUGUUUAUAAUGUUGUCACUACCCUACAAAGUAAAAAUUUAGAAGAAAAG